AACUUGCAGUCUUAUUUUACAACAUCAUCAUUUCCAAGCGAUAAGUACGGGAAGUACAGAUAAAUGGAGUUCGAAUUAAAGUAAAUAACAAAACAAUGGCGGAAAAAGACGGCUACGGAGAUAGAUUUGUGCUUGAAACUGAGGAUGACAAAGUUGAUACGUCGACCAACGAUUCAUUAGAACAAGGAUCGCGACAGUGUUGUCCACAAAGUAAGAAGAUGCGUUGCGGUUUAUGCAUCAUUGGCACCAUCGUGUUCCUAGCUCUAAUUACUCUCGGAGGGGGUUGUCUUUUCAGAAAUCCGACCAUUUUCAAGUACCCACUUCACGCCUCCUGCAACGUAACUUGGACAUUCCAGGAGAAAUGUGACGGAGUAGCGAAUAAAUUGAUUCAACAGAUGGAAGUCUGGAAAACAAACGCUACUUGCGGUAGUGGGCAGAAAUGUCUGUAUACGUUUGGCUCCAUCGAUGGAAACAUUUUAAAAGGGACGCAUACAACACCCAAAGCCGGCUAUACUGACGAUCUCGAGUUCAAGUUCUACCCAAACACUGCGUCUGGAGGAUGUAAUUUAGUUGGAUUUUCAACGUCGAGGAUUUUUUUCGCUGUUCUUGAUUUCGGAACAAAUUACUGCAGUCUUCACAACUUGAUGGAAGGUUCUGGACUCAUAAAUGACCCAAACUACAGUGAAUUAACUCGUGAUGAGGUUUGCACUCAGUACUCGGCAGCGAAUUGUGAUAAGUAUUAAGGAAACUUCAUUUCGAAGACCCAUUAGGAGUCAAAUCGUUCUCACAGUAUUAUUUUUCUGCUCAAGCACGAACUUGUGAAAAGUUUGUUAAUGUAUAACACCAAUAGAAAUAAUAAAAUUGCACUUUCCUGAAGCUCA